ACAAAAAGUCUUAAAAAAAUCCAUGUCAAAUACAGAUGACAUUUGUCUAUAUAAACUCCAGUCUGUAGGCAUAUAUCCAAUGCAUUUAACAAAGUAGAUAAAACAAUCAAACUCAGAAAAAGGGAUCUUAGAGCAUUGUAAGAUAUGGAAGUGGCAACAGCAACAAAGCUAGGGAGUUCUCUGGAGGUACCUUCAGUCCAUGAACUGGCCAAGGAGAAGAUGGCUGCAGUACCAUCCCGAUACGUACGUCCCGAUCAAGAACCAGCUCUUUCCAGGCCCAAUCCCGGACUUGAAGUCCCUGUAAUUGACAUGGAGAUGUUACUUCACGGCGAUAAAAUGGACACUGAGCUGGAAAGGUUACACAGUGCCUGUAAGGAAUGGGGUUUCUUUCAGCUGACAAACCAUGGGGUCAGCGAUUCGUUACUUGACAGAGUGAAAGCUGAGGCUGAGAAGUUCUUUAAUCUGCCACUGGAAGAGAAGAAAAAGUUUGGUCAAUUAGAGGGAGAUGUGGAGGGGUAUGGACAAGUCUUCGUAGUCUCGGAGGAGCAGAAGCUUGAUUGGGCCGACAUGUUUUUCAUAAUCACCCUUCCUGCCGAGCUAAGAAAACCUCACUUAUUACCGCAACUUCCUCUUCCAUUCAGAGUCGCUAUUGAGGCUUAUUCAAGGGAGCUAAAGAGCCUGGCCAUGAAAAUUUUGAACGUGAUGGCGAAAGCUCUCAGAAUGAAGCCCGAAGAUAUGGAAGUGCUAUUUGAUGAAGGCUUGCAAUCAAUGAGGAUGAACUGCUAUCCUCCAUGCCCUCAACCGGAUCAGGUUAUUGGACUCACGCCUCAUAGUGAUGCUGUUGGCCUCACCAUUCUUCUUCAACUAAACGAAAUGGAAGGGCUCCAGGUUAGGAAGGACGGUAUCUGGAUCCCAGUUAAACCAUUGCCUUCUGCUUUUGUUAUAAACAUUGGAGAUAUUUUGGAGAUUGUGACUAAUGGAACGUACCCCAGUAUUGAACAUAGAGGCGUUGUGAACUCUGUGAAAGAAAGAUUGUCCCUGGCUACUUUUCUAUCCCCCAACUAUCAUGGAGAUUUCGGUCCUGCGCCCAGCCUUUUCUCGUCCGAAACUCCUGCAAAGUUUCACAGAACUACUACUCAGGAUUACUUGAAGGGAUUGUUUUCUCAGAAGCUUAAUGGGAAAUCUUUUUUGGACACUCUAAGAAUAUAAACCAAAUGUCCCAGGACACAAAAUUUCGGCAGUCCUCCCAUUCGAGAGUGUUGCUAUAUUUGAUCUCUGCUUUCAGCUUCUCGGCCAGUCGUGAGAGUAUUGAAUAAAAGUUAUAUGGUGAUCACAUAUUUUAUUUGUCCAGUUGAUAUAUAUGUAUUAGCUUGGUUUCAUCAAAUAUACAUAUGUAUGUGUUAUGUUUGUUCGUAAGUUACUUAUUGGUAAGCAGUAACAGUGCUUCUAAUAAGAGCAAGUUUAAUGGUUAGAUGGAAUUAUUGUUAUCGUUCACAACAAAAAUGUGAUUUUUGGUUGUAAAAUAAUACUUAUUUCAAAUUUAGGGA